AUGUCGGUGGCACGUGUCAGAAGAAAAUUAAGAAGGCCUACGUCGAGCGCAUUGAUUAAAAAAGGAGAUCAAGAAAUAUCGGCAAGUGUAAAUAGAUUUCGUGUGAAAAAUAAAUCGAGCGUUAAUUCUAUUGCCACGAGAAAAUCUAGCGAUAGUUCAGACGAACAAGAAUACAAGGUUGUUUGUUAUUAUACAAACUGGUCGCAGUAUCGUCCGAAACAUGGGAAAUUUUUACCAGAAGACAUACAACCAGAUCUUUGCACUCACGUCAUUUACGCUUUCGGAUGGUUGAAAAAGGGAAAACUUUCGUCGUUCGAAUCCAACGACGAAACGAAAGAUGGAAAAGUCGGAUUGUACGAUAGAAUAAUGAAAUUGAAAAAAUCUAAUCCCAAUUUGAAAAUUUUACUUGCCAUCGGUGGUUGGUCAUUCGGAACUCAAAAAUUUAAAGACAUGUCAUCUUCGAGAUAUUCUAGACAAACUUUCAUAUACAGCGCCAUACCUUAUUUGAGAGAUAGAAAUUUCGACGGUCUCGAUAUCGAUUGGGAAUAUCCAAAAGGUUCAGAUGAUAAGAAAAAUUACGUCUUUUUAUUAAAAGAACUCAGAGAAGCUUUCGAAGCCGAAGCGCAAGAAGUUAAAAAACCUAGAUUGUUAUUAACCGCUGCCGUACCUGUCGGUCCAGACAAUAUAAGAUCCGGUUACGACGUACCUGCCGUUGCCAGUUAUUUGGAUUUUAUUAAUUUGAUGGCAUACGAUUUCCACGGCAAAUGGGAAAGAGAAACGGGUCACAAUGCACCACUUCAUGCUCCAUCAUCCGACAGCGAAUGGAGAAAACAAUUAUCCGUCGAAAACGCUGCUGGAACGUGGGUACGUUUGGGAGCACCCAAAGACAAAUUGAUCAUCGGAAUGCCGACAUAUGGUAGAACUUUCACUUUAUCGAAUCCAAAAGUUUAUAAGGUAAACAGUCCGGCGAGCGGCGGUGGUAAAGCUGGAGAAUACACGAAAGAAGGAGGAUUUUUAGCUUAUUACGAGAUUUGCGAAAUGUUAAGAAAAGGAGCUUCUUACAUUUGGGACGAUGAAAUGAAAGUACCCUAUCUCGUCGAUGGUGAUCAAUGGGUCGGUUUCGACGAUGAAAAAUCAAUAAGACAUAAAAUGAAAUGGUUAAAAUCUAACGGUUUUGGUGGAGCCAUGGUUUGGACCGUUGACAUGGACGAUUUCACUGGAACAAUUUGCGGUGGAAAAGUUAAAUAUCCACUCAUAGGAGCCAUGAGAGAAGAAUUGUUGGGCAUACCGAGAGAAAACAAUGCUAAAGACAUUGAUUGGAGUAAAGUUGCUAAUUCAAUUGUCGAAGUUAAUAUCGAAAAACCGGAACCGAUUAAAAUUGACGUUUCCGAUUUGUUGAGUAAAUUUAAAAAACCUACGAAAGCUAAAACUGUUGAAAACGUCAUCACGUCCACCAACGAACGAGACCCUCAAGUAUUCUGUUACAUGACAAGUUGGUCGCAAAAACGUCCGGGCGCUGGAAAAUUUACACCGGAAGACGUCGACGCCGGUCUUUGCACGCACGUAGUUUAUGCUUUUGCCACGUUAAAAAAUCACAAAUUAUCCGAAGCAGACGAUAAAGAUGGAGAAAUGUACGACCGUGUUGUUGCUUUAAGAGAAAAGAAUCCAAAUCUUAAGGUUCUUCUUGCCAUCGGAGGUUGGGCUUUCGGUUCUACUCCGUUUAAAGAACUCACAUCGAACACGUUCAGAAUGAAUCAAUUCGUAUACGAAGCCAUUGAAUUUUUAAGAGAAUAUAAAUUUAACGGUUUAGACGUGGAUUGGGAAUAUCCAAGAGGAGCAGACGAUCGUUCAUCUUACGUAAACUUAUUAAAAGAAUUAAGAUUGGCAUUCGAAGGUGAAGCUAAAAGUUCAAAUCAACCGAGAUUACUUUUAUCAGCUGCUGUACCAGCUAGUUUCGAAGCCAUUGCUGCCGGUUACGACGUUCCAGAAAUUUCUAAAUAUUUAGAUUUCAUAAACGUCAUGACUUAUGAUUUCCACGGUCAAUGGGAAAGACAAGUCGGUCAUAAUUCUCCACUUUAUUCAUUGGACAGCGCAACGAGCUAUCAAAAAAAACUCACCGUCGAUUACAGCGCUAGAGAAUGGGUGAAACAAGGGGCUCCAAAGGAAAAACUCAUGAUCGGUAUGCCGACGUACGGUAGAUCUUUCACUCUUGUCAAUGAAAGUCAAUUUGAUAUCGGUGCUCCGGCUUCCGGUGGUGGUACUCCUGGUAAAUAUACGGGAGAAGCUGGAUUUAUGAGCUAUUACGAAGUUUGCGAUUUCUUGCAAAAAGAUAACACGACGUUGGUUUGGGACAAUGAACAACAAGUACCUUUCGCUUACAAAGAAGAUCAAUGGGUCGGUUUCGACGACGAAAGAAGUUUAAAAACUAAGAUGGAAUGGUUAAAGGAAGAAGGUUUCGGUGGUAUAAUGAUAUGGUCUGUCGACAUGGACGAUUUUAAGGGUCAUUGCGGAACCGGAAAAUACCCAUUGAUAAAAUCCAUGAAAUCCGAACUCGAAAAUUACAAAGUUAAACUCGAAUACGACGGACCGUACGAAAGCUCGAACCCUAACGGACAAUACACGACCAAAGAUCCAAAUGAAGUUGUUUGCGAAGAAGAAGACGGUCACAUAAGUUACCACAAAGACAAAGCAGAUUGUAGAAUGUAUUACAUGUGCGAGGGAGAAAGAAAACAUCACAUGCCAUGUCCAGCUAAUUUAGUAUUUAAUCCAAACGAAAACGUUUGCGAUUGGCCGGAAAACGUUGAAGGAUGCAUGCACCACACAGCAGCCCCGCCACCAAGUAGAAGACGAUAA